AACGAUCGCGUCCUUAAUUUAGCAUUAAGUUACGUUGGUAGUGCUGUCGAGAAAUUUGUCAAUAACUUUUUUCCAACGAAAAACGUUGUUUUGUCGAUUGUUUGGGGCAAAAAAUGGGCAAGCAAAAUUCAUUCACUGCAUUCCUGAAAGGUGUAUACCAGGACGAUUUCAAAUGGGCUCUAGUAAAAAGCAUCGGUUUGUUCGCUUUAGGAGUAAGAAUCGCACAAGAGUUUCACGGAGUGGAGUUGCUGACGCCACAAGCGUAAAUUAAGUGCGUGUAAUUAGUUGUAAAUAAAGAAAUAAACAUGUGGUGGUUGUUUUGUGUCUUUCUUCUUAACCAGUCCCAUGCGCUACCCAAUUUCGUGUUUGUGUUAACUGACGAUCAGGAUUUGACGCUGCGAAGCUUGGAUUUUUUAAAUCAGACUGUCAAAUUGGUGGCUAAUCAAGGGCUCACUUUUACGAAUUUUUACGUCAAUUCGCCCAUUUGUUGCCCCAGUCGUAGCACGAUUUUGACAGGGAAGUACCCACACAAUAUCCAGGUUUUUAAUAACUCGCUCACAGGGGGCUGCUCUAGCGUGAGGUGGCAACAACAGUACGAGAAAAACACAAUUGCGUCAAUUCUCAAGUCGCGAAAAAACUACACAACGUUCUACGCCGGCAAAUACCUAAAUCAGUAUGGAAAGUCGGGUAAAGGCGUUAAACACGUCCCCCCAGGUUACGACUGGUGGUUGGGGCUUAAAGGCAACUCCAAAUACUACAAUUACACGCUUUCGAUCAACGGCAGUGGUCACUUUUUCGAGAAAGAUUACUUAACCGAUAAAAUCACAAAAUAUGCUUUAGAUUUUUUAAAUCAGACAGACGAGGGAAAUUUUUUUAUGAUGUUGGCGCCGCCGGCAUGUCACGCACCUUUCACACCGGCCGACCGACAUCGCCGGUUAUUCCCCGACUUGGAAACUUUGAAAACACCGCCAUUUAAUGCAACACCGUCUGAUAAACACUGGAUUGUGGCUAUGCCUCCCAUGAGUUUGCCCCAAAACGUCCAAAUUUUGGACGAAAUUUACAAAAAUCGAAUUAGGACGCUACAAUCUGUUGAUGAGAUGGUGCAAGCUCUUAUCACAAAAUUGCAAGAAAUUCGGGUUUUGGAUAAUACGUAUUUUAUUGUUACGUCCGAUAAUGGGUUCCAUAUUGGUCAAUUCACGCAACCGUGGGACAAAAGACAGCCGUAUGAAAGUGAUAUUCGUGUUCCUUUCAUGAUAAGAGGGCCCAACAUUCGCAAAAAAACCGUAUCGGAAGUUUCUGUCUCGGCAGUGGACAUAUUUGCAACUAUUUUAGAUUUGGCCGAAAUCACAUCAUUUGAAUCAGACGGACGUUCAUUUAAAGAAAUAUUAUUUAAAAAUCAAUCAUUUGAUAAUAAAUAUACUUUCAUCGAAUAUUGGGGCGAGGGCAAUGCCAAUUCGAUCGAUAGUACAUGUCCUUGGGGCCCCACUAACCAAUUAUCGGAAUGUGUACCAGAGGCAUGGUGCAAAUGCCAGGACUCGCGAAAUAACACUUACACAUGUGUUUUGGACAUUUCAAGUGCGAAAAAAAUCAAAUUUUGCUUAUUUGAAUAUGGUUUUGUGGAAGCAUACGACUUGAUCGAGGACCCCCACGAGCUUGUCAAUUUAAAACUGGACGAGGAUCAAACGACUCAUUAUCUCAAUGUUCUCGAAAAAUUCAAAUUUUGUAAAAAGGCCCAAUGCCAAAUAAACAUUUAA